AUGUACGCGAUGGGUUUUGUGCCGCUUUUCUGCUUUGAAGGCUCUGGUCUCGGCAUCGACAAGCCGGUUCAUGGUGCUUUCCUCAGAGCACUGGAGAUCAAGGUAUAUGGCCUUUCUACCCCUAAGAGAUACAGCUCUUUCUACCUCAGCUCUCAAGUAGUCCAAAGAGUAAGACCUGUGCGAGCACAGCUCGAGUGUAGAGGAGCAUUUGCGUUCCUGCCGUGGGCGACAGAGCAUUUUCCCGAUGAAGCGCGUAUCUUUAUGGACAUCUGCACAAUAGACGCACCAGAUGCCCGGUCGUUUGUGGGCUUCUCUGUAGAAGUCGUCUCUCAGAAGCCGAAGAUAGACGUCGAUCUUGGUAUCGCCGACUUUAUCUUCUGGAACAGUGAUGGAUGGGAAAUUUUCGAUGAACUUGGCGCCUGA